AUGGACGCGCUGUUGGACCGGCUGUGGGAGCUGGCGAACGAGGACGACGACCCGCGCAGCGCCCGACGCGGCGAGCGGAUAGCGGAGGCGCGCGCGCUCUGGCGGGCGCUGGAGGUCCUGCUGACGUCUUUGCGGCCCCAGGAGCUGGCGGUGGGCGACGGGACGUUCACCAAGACGCUGGCCUGCGUUCGCUCCGUGCUGAGCGACCUGAGCUACUGGGUCGCUGCUCCAGCUGGAGAUGCAGCCAUAGCAGCGGCUACGGCAGGCGACGACGGCUCCGGCACGCUCUUCGUGUGCGUGAAUCGAGUCCUGCUCAAGGCCGCGAGUCGCGGCGAGCACGAGCGUGAAGCUCUCGUGCGGGACGGCGUGGCGGACCUGAUCGUGCAGUGCGGCGAGUCGGUGCAGCCGAGCUCGACUCUGUCGGCUGUUGAAGCGGCCGCAGCUCUGCAGACGCUGCAGUCCUUGGCCGUGGACAGCAAGAGCCGACCGAGCUUACAAGUCUCGCACACGAUUCGCCUCUGUGUGAUGCUCAUGCAAAGGCACACGACUGUGUUUGCGGUGCAGUUGCGAGCGUGUCAGUUCCUGCACCAAAUGGCGCUGGAGGAGGACUGCAAGGAACGUAUUGGACGUCAUGGAGGCUUGCAGGCGGUCACGAGCGCGCUGGCUCGCUUUACAGAAGAGGUUGAGCUGGUGGUCACAGCGCUGGAUGUGCUGUUCUUCCUCUGUGUGGGGCUUGAGUAUCACGACGGCCCAGAUGCAAGCGCUCCGUAUCGUGGGGCUAAUGCGGUAGUUUUCCACGGAGUUGUCAACGCUGUCGUUGACGCAAUGCGCGUACUGCAAAGUGUGGAACUCGUGCAAGCCAACGGAGUUGCUGUUCUCAACAGGUACGCCCUGUAUUCAAUUUUGACGAGACUAUAG